AUGAAAGGAAACUCAACCCAAACAAUCACCCGAUCGAAUGCAAAUUCAUCCUCAUCACUGACACAACCAAUAUUCGAUAAUUCAAGUGAUGGAAUAUUGACUUCAAUCCGAAGAGGAAAUAUCAAACAUAUAGAGCAUGCCAUUGCGCAUCGUGAACACAUUCCCGAUCACUAUUUUAAUAUUCAUGUGGCUGCAGAGUGUGGAGAGUUGAGUAUUUUGGAUUUAAUGAUUAGGAAAAUACCAUGCAAGGAUAUUAAUGCAGUGAAUGGAGAGUAUGGAAGAAAUGCUGAGGAUGAAGCAUUGAAUAGAGGACUUUCUAAUAUUGCUGAGUUGAUUGCAAGAUUUGAAAAGAAUUUGGUAAGUUUAGUUUAA